AGUUCUUCGAGUUCGUGACAGAAUUCUCGAAAAAAAGAGACCAAAAUCGCAAAAAUCGGUUGAUAGAUUCCAGACGCACAAUAGAUUUAAGAUGAAUCUGCAUGAUGUGUGUCGUCUCUGUGGCUCAGAAAACAUACAAAAGAAUAGCCAUCACCGGCAUCAGCCCUGCCAAAAGGAGAAGUUCAAAGUCGCUAUAGAGAGAGCUCUCGGGUUUGACGUGUGCAUGGAUCAUGAGAAUUAUCCCCCAUACAUCUGUGAAGCUUGCAAGAGGAAACUGGAAAGAUGGUGGCGGAGUGGACAAUACCGGAAACAAAGUGUUAAUAUAGCUGUUUCGUCACGUUGUUUUGACGUUCCUGGAGAAAGUUUGUGGAAUAUCAAUGAAGCCAAAGCCAUAGGUACUGAAUGCGGAUAUACUUUAGUGGAAAAACAGACUGGAUUGUUGUUUCUGCUAAUGGGGGAAAACGGUUUCCCUGAGAAAUGUUUUAAACUGAAAAGUGACAGGACUUGGGAAAUGUACAUAUAUGGACAUUUGAUAACAGACCCAGUGAUGGAUAUCUCUUCAGCCCAUGUCUUAGAUUCUAAGGAGGACGUUAGCAAGCUUCUCCAUUUCCUGAGUAACUGUCGUCCUUGCCCUGGACUUGGCGGAUUUUCUGACUUGUGCCGCGACCUUUUCCCAAGUGGACUGGCUAUAUUCCGGCGACCAGAUGGAACCCUUGAAGCAAAGGAAGACGGACAACAUACAGGCAGUAGUUCAAUAGUCCGCCACUUAAAGUGUGAACUUUAUGCCCCUCCAAAUGUUGUUCGUUGCUCAGUCUGCACCCAAUACAGGCCCAUCUUAUGUGCAAAACAAGCUGCAUUUUCCCAGAGAACCAGGCUUACUCCAGGUGACCACAUCCUUUCCUCCCACACCAGAAAUGAUAGGCUCUCAUCUGGAGCAAUGAAAUGUAAACUGACGGCCUUACAAAAGGAGAGACAUUAUUUGAAACGGCAUGUGAAAAGCUUGAAGGAAAAAGUUCAAGACUUGUUGAAAAAGGGAGAUGUGCAGGUGGCAGAUUCACUUAACAAGUCCCUACUGCAAGUGAUGGAAGACAAUACCAGUAAAGUUCUCCAAAGUUUUGAGGCUGGUUCUCCCAUGGAACUGCUCUGGGAACAGCAGCUUUUAGCAGCAAGAAAACCUAGCAAACAGAUGAGAUGGCAUCCUGCUCUUAUACGGUGGUGCAUAGCACUCCAUUCAAAGUCGCCUGCUGCAUACCGGAUGAUAGGCCGAAGUAAAUUUCUCUGUUUACCACAUGAAACCACUCUCAGGGAUUAUACUUCUUUCACCAAGUCAUCAAGUGGUUUCAAUAACGAUGUGCUAGAAAGGAUAGUGAAGGACCACCUAUCAGACAUGCCUGAUUUCAAGUUUAAUGUUAGCUUGCUCUUCGAUGAAAUGAAGAUAAAAUCGGGACUAGUGUACUCUGCAGCUACUGGCGAACUGCUAGGAUUCUGCGAUCUUGGUGACAUUAAUAAUGAGAUAGCACAGUUGGUACGGCAGUGUGAUGAAAGGGAUGAUACUCCUACUGUGGCUACACAUGUUAUAGCCUUCAUGGUCCGAGGCCUAUUCAGCAAUAUGGAGGAGACAUUUGCUCAUUUCCCCUGUACUGGUUUCAGCAGCCAUCAGUUGUACUGGGUAGUAUGGGAGGCUGUUGGUCGACUGGAAAGUGUUGGAUUCUACGUCAGAGCAUUUAUAUCAGAUGGAGCAUCUCCAAAUAGAAGAUUUUACCGCCUACAUGGAAAUGACGCACCUACUUACCACACAACAAACCCAUAUGAUCCUUCUCGGAAGAUUUACUUCAUUUGUGAUCCUCCACACUUGAUGAAAACCACAAGAAAUAAUUGGGAGAAUAGUGGAUUCCACAACAAAACAAGAAAUCUGAUGUUUAAUGGUCAACCAAUAAGAUGGCCACAGUUAAUAAGCCUAGUAGAAGAUGGAGGAAGGUUCAGCCUUGCAAACAAAAUGACCUAUGAUCACCUGCAUCUGACACCGCCAUUAAGAAUGAAAGUGAAGCUGGCAACUCAGGUCCUCAGUACAAGUGUUGCUGAUGCCUUCAGGAUUGUUGGAGGUCAUGACACAACAUCUGUCGAGAAGUUUGUCCGAAUGAUGGAUCAGUUCUUUGACUGCCUGAAUGUUUCAAAUCGCUGCACUGGUGCAAGGAAAAGGAAACCAGUUCUUGAACCAUACACUUCUCCUGAUGACUGGCGUUUCAAGUGGCUCGAAGAAGAUUUCCUCCAUGGCUUCAUUGACCAAUGGGAAGCUGAAGCACAGGCAGUACCUAACCUGAGUAAGGACCAGAGGAAUCGAUUAUGCCUCAGUAGGGAAACGCUAGAGGGAAUCCGAAUCACUGUGAAAUCAUUUGUUGCCUUGGCCAGAGAUCUCCUGAUGUUGCCUGGUGUGACAUUCUUUCUCUCCGAAAAACUGUCACAGGAUCCGCUUGAAGAGUACUUCUCACAGCAACGAGGGAUUGGUGGCCGUUGUGAUAACCCAAAUGUGCAGCAGUUCAGCAACAAUGCGUUAAAGAUUCAGGUUGCACGAUCACCUGCAGUUCUAGCAUCAACUCGAGUGUGUAGGAGUAUGCAGAAACAAAUGCCCUGCAUCGGAGAGUGA